GAAGUGGAGUUGCCCACGCCGACCAAGAAAGCCAAGUUCACCACGCCGCCGAUGCGCGCAUCAGCAUCCCACUUCCCCGCUCUUCUUAAUCCACGUCAGCGACAGCCCUUAAAGUACGCCUCCACUCAAGGAAGCGCAUUUUAGCAUCCUGUCCGUUCUCCAUAAAUCCUCUACCCGCCCACUAGCCAAAACCCUAUCCCCCACAUCCCCAGUCCAAUCUCCCAUCCUCCUGAUCUACUCCGCCUCGCCGUCGUCUCUUUCUUAUAAAAGAAUCAGUGACGUAGAUUGCACGAUUUCGAUCCUGGACUAGGACAGUCGGCAAUGGGACCCCGAUCCUCUGACGAUGGCGACGAUCCCCCGAUGGAGAUCGAGUACGAGGUACAGGAGAUUCGCGACGGUAUCGAUGAUUCACAGGGCAGUCGAUUCGCGCUCCUCACCCGGGAAUUCCGGGCUCUCCGUCACCGGAGUCGAGAGGAGCUCCUCAUCCGAUACAUCAUCCAUCCCGAUAACCGGUUAUACCAGUUUUGGACACACUUCAUAUUGAUAUGGGCGGUACAUUCUUCCUGCUUCACCCCACUGGAGUUCGGCUUUUUCCGUGGACUCCCUCGCAACCUCUUCUUCCUCGACAUUGCCGGCCAGAUUGCAUUCUUCGCCGACAUUGUCAUCCAGUUCCACCUGGCCUACCGCGACUCCCGUACCUACCGCAUGAUCUACAGCCCUGCGUCCAUUGCCUUCCGCUACUUCAAGUCCGGCUUCAUUCUCGACUCCCUCAGCUGCCUCCCGUGGGAUCUCAUCUACAAGGUCUGUGGGAGGAAAGAAGAGGUGAGGUACCUCUUAUGGCUUCGGUUGUGCCGGGUGCGGAAAGUUAUUGGCUUCUUUCAGAAGAUGGAGAAGGACAUUCGCAUUAAUUAUUUGUUUACGAGGAUUGUAAAGCUCAUUGUUGUCGAACUGUAUUGCACGCACACGGCUGCCUGCAUAUUCUACUACCUCGCCACCACUCUGCCGCAGUCUAAGGAAGGGUAUACGUGGAUUGGGAGCUUGAAGUUGGGCGACUACAGCUAUCAAAAUUUCCGGCAAAUAGACUUCUGGAGACGCUAUUUGACGUCUUUGUAUUUUGCCAUUGUGACCAUGGCUACUGUUGGCUAUGGUGAUAUACACGCAGUUAAUAUUAGGGAAAUGGUCUUCAUCAUGAUUUAUGUCUCAUUUGACAUGAUUCUUGGGGCUUACUUGAUUGGUAACAUGACUGCACUGAUUGUGAAAGGAUCGAAGACAGAAAGGUUUAGGGACAAAAUGAAAGAUCUUAUUAAAUAUAUGAAUAGGAACAGACUUGAAAAGGGUAUCCGUGAGCAAAUUAAAGGACAUGUUCGGUUGCAAUAUGAGAGUAGCUACACAGAAGCUUCUGUUCUUCAGGAUAUUCCAGUUUCAAUUCGUGCUAAGAUUUCAGAAAGCUUAUACAAGCCAUAUAUUGAAAAUGUUCAACUUUUUAAGGGAUGCUCUUCAGACUUUAUUCAUCAAAUUGUAAUUAGACUGCGGGAAGAGUUUUUUCUUCCAGGUGAAGUGAUCUUGGAGCAGGGCAUUGCAGUAGAUCAACUUUAUUUUGUAUGUCAUGGAUUGCUGGAAGGGGUUGGGAUUGGUGAAGAUGGAACAGAAGAGACGAUCUCACAAUUUGGCCUUAAUAGUUCAUUUGGAGAGAUUGCCAUUCUUUGUAACUUGCCUCAGCCUUUUACUAUUCGUGUUUGUGAGCUCUGCAGACUUCUGCAACUUGAUAAACAAAGUUUUAUGAAUAUCCUAGAGAUAUAUUUUGUUGAUGCAAGGACAGUCUUAAGCAACCUUCUUGAGAGUCGUGCAAGCAAUACUUGGAUUAAGCAACUAGAAUCAGAUAUCACACUGCAUAUUGGAAGGCAGGAGUCGGAGCUUACUCUCAAAGUAAAUAAUGCUGCUUCUCAUGGAGACUUGCAUCAUCUCAAGGGUUUGAUUCGUGCAGGUGCAGACCCUAAGAAAACUGAUUAUGAUGGGCGCUCCGCAUUGCAUAUUGCAGCAUCAAGAGGACACGAGGAUAUAGCUCUUUUUCUUAUUCAAGAGGGUGUGGAUGUCAAUGCUAUUGACAAGUAUGGGAGCACACCAUUGUUGGAGGCAAUCAAGUGCAAACAUGAUUUAAUGGUUACUUUACUCAUUAAUAAAGGAGCAAUAUUAGGUCUCAAUGAUGCUGGUAACCAGCUUUGUGAAGCUGUUUCAAGAGGUGAUUCAGGCUUUCUGAAGAGGGUUUUGUCCUGUGGAGCUGAUCCAAAUUCAAAAGACUAUGACCACCGUACACCACUACACAUUGCUGCUUGCGAGGGAUUAUAUUUGAUGGCCGAGUUGCUUUUAGAAGCUGGUGCAAGUGUUUUUGCUGUUGACAGAUGGGGCACAACUCCUCUAGAUGAAGCACGGAAGCGUGGGAGUUCAUCAUUUAUAAAGCUAUUUGAAAAUGCCAAAUCGGAAGAACUGUUAAAAUUUCCAGAUCGCUCUCAGGAGGUUAGAGACAAAACACAGCGUCGAAAGUGCACAAUAUUCCCUUUCCAUCCGUGGGGCCCCUCUGAUGAAAGAAGAGAGGGCAUAGUGAUAUGGGUUCCGAAGACAAUGAAAGAGCUGAUCAAUUCUGCGGAGCAGCAGUUUAAGUGCUCGGGGUCUUGUAUAUUAUCAGAGGAGGGAGGCAAGAUCCCUGAUGUGGAUCUCAUCGCUGAUGGUCAAAGACUAUAUAUGCCUGCAGAUACUGACCUUACAAAUGUUGAUUGAUUUUCAUACGGCUAGUUACCUCUACACUUUGGCUUCGUUUUGGACGACUUUUUUAUUGCUUUUUUUAGUAAAUUUUUUUUCUAAAAAAUUACUUUAGGAAGCAUUAAAAAGCUUAACUGCAUGGAAUAGGAGCCUUUUAUAGCAUGCUUUCAGUUUGUAGAAUUAGUCUCUUCGAAAAUGAAAGGAUAAGAUUGUAUAUAUUAGAAUUAGCUUCAGGCGCACUGAGUAGGGUCCUUUUGUUGUACAGUGUUAAUAAAAAAAGCACAUUUAUUUUACUCAUAAUUUGUACUCUACUGUUGGUGGAAA